AGAGAACAAUCUGAUAUUUUAGACGCUUUAUAAAUUAUUCGAGUUAGUGCUCUACUCCACCACAUGGGUUCAGUUCAGUCGUGGCGGACUCUCAGGCGAUUCGUUUGAGUUUACGCACAACUGAAAAGUAGACAACAUAUGGAGCCAGUCUUUUAAUGGCUAGUUGUGUCAAGUUUCGACAGGUAGGAAGGAGUACACGCCCUUCCUUCCUCUAGAGAAACAGGUAAUAUCAGGAAGUAUGGUGACACUGCUAUAGAAGUCACUCAAGCGUGGCGUCCUGCAGUAUGUAUGCUGCUUUAGUUUUAGUGUUAUAUUGGAGUUCUUCAUAAUCUUCUGAGCUGAUAUUUGGAGCUCCGACAUUUUCUUCUCCAACAUGCGUUCCUUCUCCGUCGUGUGGGUUGAACUCCUCAUUGGACUGCUACUUCUGAUACAGGCUUCGUUAAUGUCAGAGUACGUAACCAUCCCCGUGAAGCCCGACCAGGACUCGACCAUCACCAUCACUAAAGACACCGACGCAGCAGGCUGUGAUGCUUGUGUGGAUGAUGGGGAGACUCCCCUCUGCAACCUCACAGAGUUUGUCCUGUCCAAACCUGUGGAAGCCACUGUCCUGUUCAACUGUACCCAGCCUCAAGACGUUUAUAAAGUGAAGACGGAGGGCAAGAUAGAAUGCACUACUGAUGCCUGCAGCCCUGAGGCAGGAAAGGUUCAGGUGUCUCUCUUCACGGAUUUCCACAGAAGCUUCCUGUGGACGAUAGGUGGUCCCGAUGGGACGUUGUUGAAUUUGGAUUUCUCAGGGGAGGGCCUGAAAGAAGUUCCUGAAUCAGAGGUCUGUUCAGAUGGGUACCUUUACUCUGUGAGUAGAACCGAUGCUCAGGGAGUGGUUCUGACCCAGAACUACUGUAGGAGUGGAACCCUGACCAAUCUAGAACUGCCCAGCAAGGCCUCUGUGUCCAUGGUGGUUCCGAAACAGGCAGGGGUGCCUCCCAUUGUGUUUAAUGUGGCUCCUAAGCCUAAGCCCGUAAAGAAGGGCCGAACGAUGGCCGUGACCCCUGACCAGGACACUUCUGUGAUCUUGAGAAGGAAGGCUGAUGGGCCCGAGUGCAGUGUGUGUCUGGGCGCGGGGCCCAACCCCACCUGUCAAUCAGAUCUGACCCUGCGGGAGUCGCUCAACACCACCAUCCAGUUCACCUGUGAAAAGCCUGAAAACAUCUACACAGUGGAGAUCAAUAGGGAUUUCGAUUUCUCACAGGACGCCAGUGGCAAGAAAGAAAUGUUUGCCGACUCCAGCCUCUUCCCAGACUUCCAGCGGACCUUCACAUGGGACCUAAAGGUCCCGCCUUCCCGGACAUUCCAGCUGGACUUCCCAAGUCUUGGUAUGAAGCAGAUCGUUCCCUCAGACACCUGCCCCGAUGAACACACCUACAGCAUCAUCACAUACCAACGAUUUGGACUCGCCACUAUCGGUACCUUCUGCAAAAACGGCUCUAUAAGUCAAAUUCAAGUUCUGUACAAAGGAAGGUUGGCCCUGGAUGUUCCAAAGAACCAGAAGCUGGACAUGUCCGCUAUCAAAGUUUCCGUUGGGCCCGAAACUAAAAUGCUGGCCAUAGUGCAGUCCAAGUUGCCCCAGGGUCAGUCCUACUCCGACUUCUUCUCUGCCAACUACCUCACCGGCCUGCCCAGGGACGAGACGAUGCAGUGGGACUUUGUGGUGCUGCCCAAGCACGAUGUCACCGUCUCCUUCCUGGCCUUAACGGAGCCCAAGUGCGGCUCCAAGGCGGUGGAGGUGCGUUAUGAGCAGGAGGGCAAACCGCCCGUGGUCAAGAGCCUGACGGAGGACCAGCUGACCGGAGAGCAGGGCAGCUUUAGCCUCCUCCUGCAGAACUGCGACUCGGGGAGGACGCCCAGUCCAACAGGGCUCACCCUCCACUUCAGGGUGUCGGCGCUGCGCGGCGGCGUGCCACAUAUUUGCGCUGUUACUAUGCAGAAAGAGGCCGGAAUCACUCUGAACAUUGAGAGCUCCAACCCUGCGUCUUACUGUGAAAUGAAAGUGGACGGUGCUCUCCAAGAGAAAAUCACUGUACCCCCAGGAUCCACCUCCUCCCUCUCCUUCCUGGAUUGCCCCAGUGAAGACCUACUUCUCACUGUUACCAAAACCAUAGAAUGCGAAAGCCUGGCCGCAUGCCCAGUGAGACAGACCCCCAUCACCAUGCCCACUCUGGAGAAAUGCCUACCUGCGCCCAUCCACAAUGCCAUCUGGAACCUCCGCGUGCCUGAGCACGGCACUGUGAUCCUCCAGUCGCCCACGGGCACCCUGCGCCAGUCUCUGCCAGGGGAGGAGUGCGGUGGCAGUUUCUCUCUGGACGUGGCCGAGAGCGACGGCACCCCCGUCGGGCAGUUCUGCUCGGGCGGCGUCAUCCGCAAGGUCCAGAUCCAAAACAACGUCACCAUCACGGCCUCGGCUGCCAGUGCCAGGAACCUGCGCACGGGACAAACGCCCCUUUUCAACAUUUCUUUUGGACCUGAGAUUGGAGAGAGCAUUGUGUACCACGUGCAGCCAGACCCUAUGGUCCAGACUCCGGUACUCCUUGGCACACCUGGUUGGCCCAGGGCCAUGAAGCCCUUCUCCUCCGUCUCCUGGAUCGUCUGGCUGCACUCGCAGUACCGUGCCGACCUGCUCUUUACCAACGUGAGCCAACCCAAGUGCCAGCAGCAUCACACCAUGAUUAAGGUCCAGACGAUUGGUUCGGAUGAGGAGAUUCUAAGCCGACGUGAGGACGAGGAUGCGGAGGACAAGCUCAGUGUACCUGGAAGCUUCUACCUGAACAUGUCCAACUGUCAGCCCGAAAGCGGUGGCUUCAGUGCGCUCAGCAAGGUGAUGGUGGAGAAGAAGAACAAAAUGCUGUUGGGAAUCAUUCUGGGUGUCGUCGGAGCUCUCGUGGUCCUCACGCUUUUAGUGUUAGCAAUUGUCUGUGCGGUGACCAAGAAGAGAAAGAAGCACACAAUGGCCAAGCGAGUGUCCAUGUACAACCCCAAAGGCCAUGUGUUCCGCCCAGUUGAUUCUACCUUCAAGCCAGACAACGGCGCCCAUGUCUACGACUCCAUCGAUGACACCAUGGCAUACAGCCACCUGAUCGGGGAGCCUGGCUACAAUGGCGGUGAGGCGGGAGUCUACCGCCCCUACGCCGGUCCCAUGGACGUGAAGCCGCCCGUCAUCGAGGCGCCGGGCGAGAACAACAAGAAGGAGGAAUUCAGCACAUUCUUGGACCCCGUCGACUCCUUCGGGCCUCCGAGGCCGCGGACGCCUCUGGGGCCACUGAACAGCCUGGGCUUUGAGGACCGCCGCAUGGUGGACAACGAGCUGUACACCUUCAAGAACUCCGGAGACUCCAACCCCAUCCGCUUGUCCGAUGUCGACCCCCUUCCUCCGCCCAUCAUGGAUGACGAGUGGGAUGAUGAUGAUUAUGACGAUGAUGAAGAUGCCAUGUGAACAGUACGAACCAGGACAGGGAAGCACUAUGCUGCCAGAUGGACAGCUGUCUUUAAUAUCGGUGUUGGGUCAUGCUCCUCAGUCAGAAUGGGUAGGACAUGGGUAUAGGAAGACGGAGUUGAGCGUGGCUCUCUGGAGGGAUUCCUGUGCGUCCGUGGGAUUCAUUUGUGCCUCAAACAGGCAUCAGAAUGCACACCACUUCCUGACAUCCAGUGCACAUUGUUCCCAGGUGUUUGCAUGCACACGAUUUCCAUGUGUCCUGGUCGUAGAGUGCACAUUACGUCCAGACAUUUAGAGUGCACAGUAUUUCUGGGUGUUGGAGUACACACUGAUUCCACGCUUCCAGGUGUUCCAGAGCACACCAGAGUGACACAAUUUCCAGAUGCUUCCAGGACAGUGACCCAUGCCAUUUUAAAAAAUGUUUCAAGAGUACAAAUGAUUUUACCAUCUGUGAGUCUUUGUAUUGUAUUUUAAAAUGUUUGUUUUACAUUCUUUUUAAAGAUGUUUUUGUCUAUGAUGGCAAGCCAACAGGAACAUGCCAUGCAUUCUCACUAUUUUCUCAUCAGAGAACUGUUGACUCUUAGAUAAUCUUUGCUGGAAAUGGGAUUAUUCAAUUUUUCUUGUUGUUUUUAGGCAUGAUCUGUGGUUGCUUGUGACUAUAUGUGUAUAUCGGCAACAUGCUGUUUUAAUAUUUGUGUAUAUAGCUUUGUACAUUUCUAUGGUGUUUUAGGAAUAAAUUCAUAGGUGUUUUAUCCGA